GGAGUGGAGAGAGAUGAAGACUUUACUGGUUGCGUUUGCGGUCCUGCUGGCCCUCGGGCACUGCGAGGAAGGUGCGCGGCUCCUGGGCUCCAAGUCUCUGCUGAACCGAUAUGCGGUGGAGGGGAAAGACCUCACCCUGCAAUACAACAUCUACAAUGUGGGCUCCAGCGCGGCUCUGGAUGUGGAGCUCUCAGACGAUUCCUUCCCCCCGGAGGAUUUCGGGAUUGUGGCCGGCGUGCUGAACGUGAAAUGGGACCGAAUCGCCCCCGCCAGCAACGUCUCCCACACCGUGGUCCUACGUCCUCUGAAAGCCGGCUACUUCAACUUCACUUCCGCCACCAUGAGCUACCUGGCCCAGGAGGGGGCUCAGGUUGUGGUUGGAUACACCAGCGCCCCGGGACAAGGAGGAAUUCUGGCUCAGCGUGAGUUUGACCGCCGAUUCUCCCCCCACUUUCUGGACUGGGCAGCCUUUGGGGUGAUGACUCUGCCCUCCAUCGGGAUCCCCCUCCUCCUCUGGUUCUCCAGCAAGAGGAAGUACGACACCCCCAAACCCAAGAAGAACUGAGACGCCGACCCUACUGGGACUCUUCUACCAACCGUUGUCACCACACUACGCCACAAAAUCAAUUCUCAUCCUGGACGAGCCCCCCCCCCCCCUCCUGAACAUCCAGCCGGGUCAUCCAUUCUUUUUUGUGAAUGGUAAGAUGACUCUGAACACCGGCAAUGAAUUCGGAUCACGCUGCACCUCUUCUACGAGGAUCGCUGGUGGUGAACGGCGGUCAGUCAAGUGAUGAAGAUCGGUUCUGUCCAGGGUGCUGAACCUACAAAUUCGGACUUUUGAUGACUUUUUUUUUUCUUUUUAA